AUGCCUCCAAGAAUAAAGCUCGCAAUAGUUGGCGGUGGCCCAUCCGCUUUCUACGCAGCUUCUCGUCUCCUCCAAUUUUUUCCUAAUACGCAGCCUCGUCGACCGGGUAUUGGUAUUCAUAUUUAUGAUCGACUGUGGGCACCACAUGGACUUGUGAGGUACGGUGUUGCACCGGACCAUCCUGAGGUUAAGAACUGCACGCAUAAAUUUGACGAAUCCGCUCGUGACGAGCGAUUCGCGUUCUUCGGGAACGUAAACGUUUCAUCUACGCCAUCACCAGUCCCACAUGCCGUGAACGUCCCACUCAGCUCACUCUUCCCUCAUUACACACAUUUACUUCUAUCAUCUGGAUGUACCGUUCCUCGCCUGCACCCUGCGCUCCCACCUUCCGACAUCGUUCGCCCCGCACUGGAUCUUGUACAUUGGUAUACACAACAUCCGGCUAGCACAUUCAAGCCGCCGCUCGAGAGGACUAAACAUGUCUCUGUGAUAGGCCAUGGGAACGUCGCGCUCGACGUAGCUCGCAUAUUACUCUCGCCCGUCGAGCGGCUGGAGAAAUACGACGUGCCCGUAUCUGUGCUUGAUGUCCUAAGCAAGUCUGCAGUUCAGCAUGUUAGUAUCAUCGGUCGUCGCGGCCCGCUCGAAGCAAGCUUCACGACGAAAGAGUUACGCGAGAUGAUGUCUUUACCGGGUACCGCGCUGGCUCCAUUAUCCUCCGAAGCACUCGAAGCAAUGAAGCCCACUGAAGGUACACAGUUAACGCGCCAGCAAUCUCGAUUGCUUCAAAUCCUGCAAAAGGGAUCGAGUAAUGCAUUCGGAACGACAGAGAGAUCAUGGUCUAUAGAUUUCUUCCGCUCCCCUACUGGGAUCGCUACGGCACCAUCAGGCUCUUCACACGCCGCUCGUCUCGCACUCGCACAUACGACGCUCGAUAAGGAUAGGAAAGCAGUAUCUACCGGCGAGACUUUCAUGCUUGACACGGACCUGGUCUUGACCUCGCUUGGAUACCGCGCGGAGCCAACAGGCGAGUGGUACGAGCCUGCUUUAGGCACGAUGCGUAACACAGGUGGACGUGUUGUUGAUACGGCUGGAAAAGUCUUGCGAAAUGUAUACGCGAGUGGAUGGGCAGCGACUGGUGCACACGGCGUACUUGCUAGUACGAUGCUGAACGCACACUCGAUCAUCGACACGAUUAUCUCAGACCUGCGAGCCCAAGCAGGUGAAGAUGAUAGUAGUGCCGAACUGCAAACUGGACCGGUUCCCCCACCAUCGAUAGAAAUGCUGGACGGCGAAGUGCAUAAUCUGUUGAAUCCGAAUGCGGAUCUUGGGAGUGUUCCGGAAGAAGUUUUAGCAGCUAGGAAAGAGGGACGGGUGACGACGUAUGAAGACUGGAAACGGAUAGAUGAGGAGGAAGUACGUAGAGCAGAGAAAGUUGGGAAGGAGCGUGAACGGAUGUCGUGGGAUGAGGCACGGACGUUCGUAAAGAAUUAA